UAGAUAUCAUACUUCUAUGGAUAGUCCUAAAUCUUUUCUUUAUCUGCAUUUUUUUUUAGUUUUUUAUCUUAUUUUUCUCUCUCCAAUAUUUAAAGUUUGUUUAUUUAUUAUCUGUUUUGUGUAUAGAAAGUAUAGUACGCAGUUUUUGUGUAGAGUCAAAACGAUAUAGUGUAUAUAUAUAUUUCAUAUCGUAUAUAUAUUUAUUUUCUAUAAAUGAUAUAUGUUAUGCUAUGAUUUCAACAUGUUUUUCAAUGUUUCUCGAAACACAGUAUUCGAUGUAUCGCCACUUUUCAGUCUUUUUGAAUAUUUUAUUCAUUCUUCUCCGAGUGAAUCACUGUACAAUACCGCAAGCGAGUCAGGAAGAUCUGCUUCACUCAUUUAAGAGCUAUUCUGAUGUAGCAAUGUUUCAUUAUACUGUACCAAAAGAUGUGUUUCGAGCUACAUGGCAUUUUGCUGCCUUUAUGGACGAUCCUACAUGCCAAUCACGGAAAGUUUAUAUGUAUAAAUAUCUGUUGCACCAUUUUAUGAAACAUUUUUCCUUUCCAAUAGGAUUUAAACAUUUAUGUCAAUUAUUUUUUCUAUUUAGAAUAUAUAUUCCAUCCGGAGUAUGGAGUUUCCAUUUGUCAGUUUGGAACUGCAAUUUCUUGUUACACAAUGUUCAAGAUAUUCGCGAACCUUGCAUUGAGGCUAUGUCUCUAAAAGGACGUUCUUUACCAAUAUUCAAUCAUCUUUAUCCUAUGGAAUCCAAAUACCUAACUACAAAUGCUAGUUACACUUUCACAGAAUCUUCUCCUUAUGAAGAUAGUUAUUACUAUUUAUUAGUCGUUUCGAAAAGCGUUAUCGAAUUCAGCGUCAAGGUCGACAUAUUAGGGUGUCCAAUCAGAUUAACAGAUGUAUCUUUUACAAGAAAAUAUAUCGAUACUUUUUUAAGUUUUAAUUCCGUAACAGGAUCAAAUACCAAAGAUGUAUUAAAAUACGAAUGGUCUUAUAAAAAUAAUAAUGCUAGCAGAUUUUACAAUAGAAACAAGUUCUAUCAAAAAAACGAAGAAUAUGAGACUGAUAACGAAUGUAUGCCAAGAUAUCAAUUGGUGCGCGUGAAACACGCGGAGACAUUUUCAACUGUUUAUCUCUUGCAGAGAAAAGAAUGGUUAAGUUCACAGUUAAUACUAACUGAUUCAAUUCCGAUAAUGACGCAAUUUGAUAUUUUGCCAUUAAUCGAUAUUGGUGGCACACUUGAUAUCGAUGUACAUUUGGAAAUAGAAAAGCUGCCAUCAGCACAAUCGGUUUUGGUAACAAUGUGCAUUCAAAGAGUUCGUAUACCUAAACUAGGAAAUCUCCAUUCUUGUCAAAAUGGAACUUUAUCGAUGAAUCUGUCGUCAUUAAACAAACACAACACAAAUUUGUUAAUAGUAUAUCCACAACCAGGCACAUGGUAUAUUAUUAGUCAUGCGACAUGUUAUAAUUGGAAUGGUAAACCUGUACACUGUCAAUAUGGGAAGAUUUCAAUACUAAUAAAUGUACGCAUCAAAAAGUGUGUACUUUCUGACCAAAGUCCUUGUGGUAAUCAUGGCGUUUGUCAAGAAAUUCAGAAGAACGUUCUUCAUUAUGCAACAUGUAAUUGUUUUAAAGGUUACACGGGAUGGGAUUGCACUGACAUUUCGAAUACUAUCACUGCUAUUUCUUCUUUCAUGAGCGCCAUGCUGCUCAUUUUGAGCAAUGCUUUUUUUAUACCAGCUAUAUGUAUAGCUAUAAAACGGAAACUAUAUGCAGAAGGGCUAGUGUACUUAGCCACCAUGCUGUGCUCGUCGCUUUAUCAUGCCUGUGAUCAAAAUGGUGGGCAAUUCUGUAUUGUCAAGUACGAAGUUUUACAAUAUAAUGAUUUUUUCUCGAGUAUUUUGGCGUUCUGGGUUACAUUAGUAUCAAUGGCAGAGUUACCGAUCGAUUUUGUACCAUUGUGCCAUAUGAUAGGAGUUUUUGUUAUCACUUUUGGGGUGCAAGUUGACAGGAUGUGUUUGAUCAGCAUUUUGGUACCACUGUCGAUGGGUAUUAUUAUACCGAUUUUCACGUAUAUCUAUCGCAAUGUUAAAUCUAAAAAGUGCAAGAAACCAAGCCGGAAAAUACUAUUAGGUUUACUCUUCGCUAUUGCAGGAUUAUUACUUUAUUCUUUCAUUGAAACGGAGGAAAAUUAUCAAUAUAUUCAUAGUAUAUGGCAUAUUAUCAUGGCAAUGUCAUUAAUAUUUCUGCUGCCACCAGCGAGAUCGAGACAAACUACAUCAUCGAGAAAUAUUUUUUUCAAUAAUGAUGGCGAGUCGUCAUGGUAUUACAAAGAUUCUUACGAAAUCCCUACAUUCACAAUAACCGAUCAGGAGAAUCAAACAAUUGUUAACAAUUAAAUCAAAAAGUAUAUUUAUGAUUCAUUUUAUAUUGUAUAAGCAUAUUGUUAAUUUAUGAAUAGUUUUAUGAAUUCUUUCUUCUCUCUCUCUUUCUCUCUUUUUCUUUUACAUAGAAUAUAAUUUAUAAAAAUAAAAUAUAUAUUACACAA